AUGCGAGCGUCUGUCUGCUUUGUAAAUCUUGAAGUUGCCUGGAUGUUUGUUGGUCUUUAUUGUUCAGCUGGAUUGGUUGCACCAAGUUCAAGUGACGAAAUUAAAUAUUACGAGGACGAACCCUGGGUAUUCUGUCUAGAUCCUGACAACGUAACAUGUCCAGAAGACGGAACGCAUGCCUCAUACAAUCGAAAUACGGGUAUGUGUGAACUAAAGAAUGGAAGCGACUGCGGAGGAGGUGAAAAUCACUAUCCAACCCUGGAGAAGUGCAAUUCCUCUUGCAACAGUGCUCCAAAGCCGCCCUGCUCGCUGGAACUGAAUGAAGGUUUAGGGAAAGCUUAUAUGCAGAGAUGGUUUUUCAACACUUCAUCAGCUAGCUGCGAAAUGUUUAUCUUCGGUGGUGGCCCUGGGCAAAAUGGCAACAAUUUUGAAGACAAGAAUGAAUGCCGUAAAACCUGCAAUGGUUUCAGUUUAUACAGAAGAAUAAACAUCACGGUGGAACAAUAG